ACAUACUUUAAACAAGCAUCCAGUUCAUCCAUAGAAUAUAAGAUAUACGUCGGAAGCGACCAAGAUUAUACAAAGUCCACUCUAUGUAGAGCGCAAACAAUAUCUAACAAAGAAACAAGAUCUAUACAAUGUGACAGUCAUCUAGAGGGAAACUGGGUCAUUAUCAGAAGACCAAAAAUAUCAAAUUAUAAGACUGUGUUGCCGUUGUGUGAAGUAAAAAUAUAUGUAUGCGAGAAAGGAUACUUUGGAUCCACGUGUAGCUCCCAGUGUCAUUGUAAGGACAGUUCGGAGCAUUGUGACAAGUGGUCGGGCGUUUGUACAUCUGGUUGCGCUGCAGGAUGGAAAGGAAGGGGGUGUGACCAAGAGUGUAAUGAUGGUACAUUCGGAAGUGGCUGUGACAAGACAUGUCAUUGUAAGGACAACGCUGAAUGUGAUAAAGCAACUGGAGAAUGCUCAAAUGGCUGUGGUGCAGGAUGGACAGAUGAUGCAGAUCAUGGACCAUGUCAGCGAGCAUGCUCCAGUGGAUACUGGGGUGACAACUGUGAGCAAAGAUGUGACGAUGGCUGCUCUGGUGGAACAUGUGACAGAUUUGAUGGUUCUUGCGGAUGUGCAGAUUACUAACCUCCCAGUGAUGACAAAUCCACCUGAACUGGUUGAAGGAAGUGUAACAGCUG